AUGGCCAAAGACAACAAUGCCUUCACGUCCAUCCCCGGCUCAACGGUCAGCAGCAAACAGUCUAAACUGGCAGAGAAGUUAGAGAAAUCAGACCGGAAGCUACGCCGCCGCCAGCGCUACGUGGAGAAGGAUGGCAGGUGUAACGUGCAGCAUGGAAACGUUCGGGAGACCUACCGCUACCUGACAGACAUCUUCACAACCUUGGUGGACUUAAAAUGGCGAGUUAGCCUCCUGGUCUUCAUACUGGCCUACGCUAUCACGUGGCUUUUCUUUGGGGUAAUUUGGUGGUUCAUAGCUUAUUGUCGCGGGGAUUUGGAGCAUUUAGAGGAUUCAGAAUGGACGCCUUGCAUCAAGAACCUGAAUGGCUUUGUUUCAGCUUUUCUCUUCUCUAUAGAAACAGAGACAACCAUUGGUUACGGACACAGGGUGAUAACAGACAAGUGCCCAGAGGGAAUCAUCCUGCUCCUUCUUCAGGCCAUACUUGGCUCCAUGGUCAACGCCUUCAUGGUGGGCUGCAUGUUUGUAAAAAUCUCGCAGCCCAACAAGAGAGCAGAGACGCUGGUCUUCUCCUCACACGCCGUCAUCUCUUUACGGGAUGAUAAACUGUGCCUGAUGUUUCGAGUGGGAGACCUUCGUCAAUCACACAUCGUCGAGGCCUCCAUCCGAGCUAAACUCAUCAAAUCAAAGCAAACGCAGGAAGGAGAAUUCAUCCCCCUCAACCAGACAGACAUCAACGUUGGCUUUGAGACGGGAGACGACCGCCUCUUCCUGGUCUCCCCCCUCAUUAUCAGCCAUGAAAUAAACGAGCAAAGCCCAUUCUGGGAAGUGUCCAAGAGGCAACUGGAGAAGGACGAGUUUGAGAUUGUUGUGAUCCUGGAAGGCAUGGUGGAAGCCACAGGAAUGACAUGCCAGGCGAGAAGCUCUUACCUUGUGGACGAGGUGCUGUGGGGUCAUCGCUUCAUGUCAGUGUUGAGUCUGGAGGAUGGCUUCUAUGAGGUGGAUUAUAACACAUUUCACCAUACCUUUGAGGUAUCUACUCCUUCCUGCAGUGCCCAGGAGCUGGCUGAGAACGCUGCCAGAAUGGAUGCCCAUCUCUACUGGUCCAUCCCCAGUCAACUGGAUGAGAAGGUGGAAGAAGGCACAGAGAAAGAUGGAAUGGACAAACAGAGGAAUGGCAGUGUGAGCAGCGAGAAAGUCCUGGUGGAGUGAACACAUGGCUACCUCCACAUCACAAGGUUUAAGGACCUGCACUGGUUUAUGAACUUCUAAAACUAGAUCCUGCACCCAGUAUCACCCUCCUGACACAGCAUCACUGUCCUGACACCACGCCUCUCACCCAGCGUCACCGUCCCCACACCACGCCUCUCACCCAGCGUCACCGUCCCCACACCACGCCUCUCACCCAGCGUCACCGUCCUGACACCUCGCCUCUCACCCAGCGUCACCGUCCUGACACCACGCCUCUCACCCAGCGUCACCGUCCUGACACCGUGCUUCUCACCCAGCGUCACCGUCCUGACACCGUGCUUCUCACCCAGCGUCACCGUCCUGACACCGUGCUUCUCACCCAGCGUCACCGUCCUGACACCGUGCUUCUCACCCAGCGUCACCGUCCUGACACCGUGCUUCUCACCCAGCGUCACCGUCCUGACACCGUGCUUCUCACCCAGCGUCACCGUCCUGACCUCGUGCUUCUCACCCAGCGUCACCGUCCUGACACCGUGCUUCUCACCCAGCGUCACCGUCCUGACACCGUGCUUCUCACCCAGCGUCACCGUCCUGACACCGUGCCUCUCACCCAGCGUCACCGUCCUGACACCGUGCUUCUCACCCAGCGUCACCGUCCUGACACCGUGCUUCUCACCCAGCGUCACCGUCCUGACACCACGCCUCUCACCCAGCGUCACCGUCCUGACACCGUGCUUCUCACCCAGCGUCACCGUCCUGACACCGUGCUUCUC